AUGGGUGCUUCUCAAGAUACAACUUCCGAGACACUGAAGAAAUCGGAAACACUUUCGUCCGAGUACUCGAUUGAAAAAAUACGAGAGGCACUUAUAGAGAAAAGAAAACAUAAUUGUGCCAAUAUUAUCAAUGAACGAAAAAGGAGACUUUGUGAACUUUAUACAGUAGCAAAGGUACCUUUGGUUGCAAUUUCUAGUGAGCAUGUUUUACAAAGCGAAGGAGAAUUGAAACGAUUUUUGGAGAAGAAUGAUUUACAAAAGGGGGUUGAGUUUACCAUUACAGCACUUAGAAGGGAGCAUGCAGAACCUCCAAGAAAGAAAAUGAAGAAGUUAAAGAAAGCUUCACACACUAAAACGCCGAACCCCAAUUUGUUAAGCGGCCAAGAUAACACGAACACAACACACAUUGAUAAGGCAUUAGAUAAAAAGGUAUCUGAAAAAGAGGAUACAACAAAAAUUGAUGUUCAGACAAUUAAGAAUCAAAAGAAAGAGGAAGCACUUAAAGCUAUGAAAGUCAGUUUACAAAAAAGGAUUGAACUUUUAAGAAAGAACAAGAAAAAAACGGUUGGUGAGGAAAAUACGGAGCAUGGCCCAACACUUCUUGAUCAAAUUCAGAGAUUUAAGAAGAAUCCAACUCUCACGAACACAGAGCUUCACAGUAACCGUGAUCUCGACUGGCAGCAAAUGAAGUUGGAUGAUCUUUUGCUCACGUUGAUGCCAGCUCGUAAGCCUCAUAAAGUUGCAGCUGCGAGAUCUCUCACCGAGCUAUAUUAUCAUGAACAGACUUUACAAUUACCGAAACUCCUCUUACGGGCCCAUAAAGUUCUUACAUCCAAAUCUUUUGAAACUUCAUUAGUUGAAGGUAAGGUUGCUGUUUUGUUUUCCAGAAUUGAGGAAUUGAAAAAGCGUGAUCGGUGGUCUUUAAGGCAGCCACGAAAACAUGCGGACCCAUUUUUACAUAAUGGUGGUAUGACAUUUUGGGACAGUUUACUGAGUGAAGCUCAAUGGGUUGCUACUGAUAUGAAGCAGAGUCGCAGAUAUAGGGCAGCAAAGUGUUGUGAAAUUUCCGGGGAGGUUGAUGAGUAUUGGAAAAUGCAGAACAAGAGUAAAACAAUUGCUGGAAAUAAAAUUGACAAGCACCAAUCAUCCGGUUCUAAGUUUGUCCAGGAUGACAAUAUAAAGUCAUCGGAUGAAAAGGUUAUGAAGGAAGAUUCUUCUUUAGGAAAUCACCUCGAUAUAGCAAAGUCAGAAGAUAAAGAUGCCGUUUCUGGCAAUAGGAGUAGUGAUGACAAUAAACGCACGAUAAUGAAGAACAUGGCAUCAACCAUAUCCAAACAAGCCGCCUGCAUCGACCCCCUAAAAACGGUUAUCCAUUCAUCAAAGAUAGAAAUACCUGUAAAACUAUUUCAGAAUCCUGCAAAACUUAGUCUUGAAAUAAUUGUGAAGGAUCUUCCUACUGCAGGCCGCGUUAUUCUAGACAAGUUACCUGUUUAUAAGCCAUUUCCAUCAGGUGAGCAAAAAGACCACGAGCAAAGGGUUGAUCAUGCAAUUGACCGUAACUUAUUUGGCCACGUCAGCAAAUUGUUACCUCCUCCGUCAGGGAAUGACGAAAUUUGCUGGGAGAAAAUUGUCUUCCGUAAGCAGAGUGACCAACAUAUUAACCUGAAAAAUGGCAAGAAUAACACAAACCGUCCUUUAUUUGGAAGAUUUUCACAUUAUAAUGUUCUGCGCCCUCCAAGGCCACCAUCUGUUGCUGAUAUUCAGCUGAGAAUUCCUACCAUUUGGCUUCCUCAGGAUGAUCGUCUUCUCGUGAGAUAUGUCACACAGUUUAGUUUUAACUGGGACAUAAUUGCCGCACAUCUUGCCCCCCGUCCGACUGCAUGCAGAUACUUUUCGAAUAUUGAGAGAAGGACCCCCUGGCAGUGUUUUGAACGCUAUAUACAGUUGAACAAUCGUUUUAGAUUUUCUGAUAUGCGGGGAAAAUAUACAAUAGAGGCUCGAAAAUGGCUCCAGGCUGCUCACAGGGUGCAAGCCACAACUCGGCGGCGUAUAUCACCUUUGGGUGUAGGCCAGGAUUCGAUUCAGCGUGGACAUCGUAGGCUUAGAUGGGCAUCAAUGCUAGAAGCCUUUAGAAAGCUUAUGAGGCGUCGGGAGGCCGCAGCAAAUGUUGCCAAGGCCAGUAAUGCACGUAACGCAAAGCUAUCUACAGAAAACUCAAGUUUAAAAAAGUCUGAAAGUGGCAGUGCAGAUGCUGCCGCAAGCGAUUCAAACGGUAACGAAAAGUCACGCAGUGACACUCCAACACCUGAACAACUUUCCAAGCUGAAGUCCGAGAGAGACAGAGCAAUUAAAAGGGCAUAUCUUGCAGCAAAUACGGGAAGAAGCCAUCAUAAAGACAACAACAGCAACAGCGAUGCAAGGUGUGGCCGAUCCCAACUUCAUAUGCAGGUCCAAGUUCAAAACCAAAGGUUAAUGCAGAUGCAGCUGCGGCUCCGUAGGCAAGAGCAAAUUAGACGACUUCAAAAAAUUCGCCAAAUUCAACAUGCAAGACGUGCUCAAAGGCAGCAGCAACAGCAGCAGCAGUUACGGAGGCAGCAAUGGCAGAUGCAGAUGCAACAACAACAACAAAAUCACGGUAAAAUUUCAAAUAACCAAGAAUUGGCGACUAUGUCAUCGCCAACAUCAAGAUCGCUUUCCUCUACUUUGUCUCAAUCUCCAAGCAGAAGGUCACCUACACCAACCCCAGAACAAAUUCUUGCUGCAGGAAGAGAUCAUACACAUUCGUUAUCUUCCUCGGACCUCACAUCACCGGCUUCAACUUCACCUUCUCAUCAACGCGGAUUUUCGGCUGCACAGGUUGCGGCGGUAGUGAACCAGAUUCAAGUACGUAAUCCCGGUAUUUCAAGAUCUCAAGCGACAAGACUGGCCGUUUUGUAUAUGAGUAAUUAUCAGAAACGGCACAGACGCCUGAGACAGGGAAGACUUUUGCGUCAACAGCAAACACAGCAAGAAACAAUGCCACAGUUGCAAUCUCAAAUACAGAAUUCAUCUCCAGCUGCUGUGAGUCCUGCACUAUCACCACAGGCCUCCAGUUUGUCACCAAAAAUUAUGAACUCUGCUCGGUUAAAUUCGGUUGAACAACAUCAACAGAUUCAUGUCCAUAAGCAUACCCCUUCACCAGAGGAAAUUCAGGAGGCAAUGAGUCAGCAUAGGGCAUCACGGCAGGAAUUAAGCGUUGAUCAAUCAAUGUCAGGUAUUGGUACUCCAGUUUUAUCAUCUCCUCCAUCUCUGCACGCAUCUUCUGCGUCAUCUCCCAUUCCUAAUACAGGGCAAAUUAUGGGGCAAGGCACAUCGACGACGAAUACAAAUAUGCCUCGGAACAUCACAGAUAAUGAUCCAAAUCUCAGCCUUGAGGCAAUCGAAAAUGACAUUUUGAAUACAGACUUUUCAUUGCUUGACGAUGAUGGUCUUAAUCCAAAUUGA